AUGGUCAAGCGGUGCUCGAAGCUCGCCGAAGCUGCCCUGAGCGCCCGCGACUGCUCCGAGCGCCCUCGACGGGCCUCAGCGGCCGCCGCGGCCACCGACGCACGCGACCUCAAGAGACGCAAGUUGGUGGCCGCGCCGUGCUACAUGUGCAAUGCUCAGCCGAAGCACGGCCACUGGGCGGAGAGGGACAAGAAGGGCCACCCGAUCGGCAACAAGUGCGGGGACUGUUGGAGCACCUACUCGCAGGGAGGUUUCGUAGAAGAUGGCACGUUCGAGGAGGUGGCAGACAAGCGCAAGGACGACGAGGCCUACAACAAGGAGUUCAACGCGGCGAACGCCGCGAGGCUGGGCCCUUCGGCGAAGGGUUGGGAUGAGGAGUGCGAAGUGGACGACUGCGACGAGUUCAAGCGUCCCUCGAAGCCCGGCACCACGAUCGGCAACGAGUACAGAGGUUUCCUGUGCAAGGAUGCGGCCAACCCGUGCAUCAGGUACCGCGCCCAGCGGAGCUUCACGAUCAGGCGCAGCAAACUCGUCGAGAAGUGGGGCACGCACCUGCGCCGCAAUCAGGCCAAGAUGCUGAAGGCGAAUCUCCUCUCCAAGCUGCGCAACGUGAAGUUCGACCUCGGCCACUUCGAGAACCUGGCCCACGGCGGUGUCCCCGAGGACCUCGAGGGCGAGGGCGCGGCCGAGGCGGGCGAUGAUGCGGACGACGAGGCAGCGGACGGGAGCCGGUCUUCGGAGCCCGCCGAGGUGGAGUCCGUUGGUGCGCACCCGGAGGCGGGCCCCAGCCGCGGCCCCGCCACCUCAGGCGCCAGUGCGAUUGCGGCGCUGGCGGCAUCUCGCAGGCCAGAGCGUGCCAUGUCCGUCACGCCCUCCACGGCGCUCGAGGCAGGCCCAACGCCCUCGCUGCUCUCCGCCAGUCCGAUCGACGUCACCAGCAAGGAUCAGUGGGCCAAGAAGGUCAACAGGUACCAGGAGAAGCUCAACGUGUCAGCCAUCAUGGAGGGUGGCCCGUACAAGACCGACCUGCGCUGGGCGAAGGACUUACUGCGCAAAAUUCCAGAUCGAACGACUCCGCAGUACAAGAACCUCAAGGCCCACGUCGACAAGGUUGAGGCGGCAGUCGACUUGACAGUGGAUGCCAUUCAGAAGACGGCAGAUGCAGAGGCUCUCAAGGCGAGGAUCGCGACCAUUGGCAGCGACUUCGAGCACCCGACCUCCAUCAAGAUCGCACUCCUCGAGAACACCAUGUCUCGCCUGACGGCUGACAAGCACGUGGGCAAGCAGCGUAUCAGCCAAACGCUCGAGCACAUCUUGCCGCUCGUCCUCAAAGCCGAUUGCGAGGGUGGAUCCACGGAGGGCCAACAUGACGACGCUGAGCAUGACUUCCAGCCGAUGUCUCCGCAAUUGGCGCUGAUCGAGGGAUCCCCUGAGGAGUUGGCCACCUUGUUCACGCAGUACUUUGGUCCAUACGUUUUGCCUGCCUUGGUGGCUUCGUGUUCGGCAUCUGAGCGCCUGUUCGGCGACGCGUCGCAGGCGAUCUUGGAGAAGCUCGACGCCUUCGGCCUGGACAUCCCCGACGCCACCAUCGAGGCGUUCCAGGGUGCCAUCGGCAUCGUGAAUGUGUUGCAGUGCUUACUGGACCCUUCUGAUACCAUUCACAUACAGGGGGUCGCCAACAUCAAGACGGCUGUCAAGAACAAGACUCUCACUGGGCUCCAGGUAUCCCUGGUCUCCAUCAUCCAGGAGUCGGCUAAGCUGAAACAGUCCUGGGAUGACAUCACGGUGAAGGGUGGUUCGCUCGGGGUCCAGCCGAAAAUCAAUGAAGCCAACUCCGAUAUCCAGAAGGGCUGUGGCGACGACGUCGUGGCGGACAUCGUGUCGUGCCGUUGCGCGGCGCUCCAGACCCGCAUCGCAGCCAUGAUCACCGACCAGUCGUUGACGACAGAGGGCAUCGUUUCCGAGGUGGAGGUCAAGCUCGGUAUCUUGACUGAGUGCGUUGGUGUAUUCCCGAACCUCGCUGUUUCCAUCAAGGCCGCCAUCUCCAAUGCUCAGCGUGCGCUGGGCGGUGCUUCUGAUUUGUCGUUUGGGACCGCAUUCGUUACAGAGAUGGAGCAGCUCUCGAAGACUACGGACUUCGACGCCCUGGACCUUUCCAAGUACUCCCAGAAGUGCCAGGACUACAUGGCGGUGUCUGGCAAGUUCGCCGACGUCCCCAGAGGUGUUGAGGUAUUGGGCGGGCUGGCAAUCCCGCUUCUCGGGUACGUGGCCAAGAACGUGAAGAAAGUGGGGAACGAUGGCGUGAGGUCAGCCGCAGACUUGCUCGAGAAGAUUUCGGCCGUGCUGGGCAAGCUCGCCUGCGACGACGCGAUGGUGGCGAAGGGCGUCGUGAGCAAGCUACUGGCGCUGCUGAACUCGUACGAGGAGUGGGCGAGGUUGGCCAAGGACGCGGCCAGCAGGGUGGAGCUGGACGCUGGCCUCGUCAAGUCGCUGGCGUUCGUCAGCGCCCUCACCGCCUGGCAGGCAGCAAGCAUCGAGAGCGUGACGUACUUCCCGCUCGAGGGCAUCACCCCCGUCGUGACUGCCUACGUGGAGGAGGCACAAUCGCUUCGCAACGCAGUGGCUACCAGUUUGUUGGCAGGGCUCGCGAACCAGUUCGGCAACUGGGACAUCCAGAAGCUCUGCGGCGGCACAGACAACGGUUCCAAGUGGCACGAUGGGCUUGACAAGGACUCGGAUUGGACAGCGAUCAAAGAGCGAGCUACGACCACGAUCCUGCGCGCGAGCUUCGACGUGAAGAAAUUCAACGCCAACCUCGCCACUUGCGAGGCCAUGCACCGCGCGACUACGGAGCAGUUCGAGAUGUUCUCGAUCACUGACAAUACGGAGGUGAUGGCAGAAUUGAAGGGCUACUUGGAGGACGGCAGGGCGACCGUGACGGAGGGCAUGGUCAUGCACUACGCGACGUGCGACAUGCAGGCGUCCGAGGAGAAGAGGAACCUCAAUGGGGGGAGGAAGGCGCUCGAGAAGCUGUCCGAUGGUGUCCAGGGCCGUGUGUUUGAGCCCCUCAAGACCUACCUGUACAACGAGUCCUCCCUCCUGGGCAUCAAGAAGCAGCCCGCCAAGGGGGGUGUGCCAUCAGUGUGA